UAUCAAACAAAGCAUUUGAUGCCAUACAGCGUAGUCAUAUACAUUCUAUCUAUCCAUGAUAAUUAACCCGAACUACGGAGUAAAUGCCACUAAUUAACCCCACCCGACAUCCACCCACUUACUCUACCUAUCUAGGUAAACAACUCCAUCCCAACUUCCAAGUAAAUAUCCACCGGCACAAGAGCACUCAAUUCCACACCCACAGCACAAUCGAGUUCAAAUUCUCAGGCCCGAAUCCCCCAAUUCCCAAGAAACAACCAAAUCAAACCGAACAACCCUCCCCCAAAAGAAAGACCACCAAAAAUAACCCCGUCAGAUCAGCCCAUAACCACCUACCCCUCACCAAAAUCAAAUUCAAGACAUCACCAUCACCAUCACCAAUCCUAAAAAUAACCCGGCUGAAAGGAGACGACACCCAAGAUUCUAAAAACAGCUUCAACAAAAAAAAAAGGAAAAAAAAAAAGAAAGAAAGAAAGAAAGAAAGAAAGAAAGAGAAAAGUAAGAUCAAAAAAAAUCAAAAAAAAAAAAGAUAACCGCCCACCUCACCCACCAAACCCCCCCAAGUACACACACGAUCCUUCCAACACAAGCCCAAGCCCAAGCCCAAGCAUGCACCUCUCAUCACACGAAGCGUAACGAGCAAGAAACCAACCAAACCAAACCAACUCAACCCAAAAAAAAAAUCCAACAAGGCCGACAAAAAAAAAAAGAAGUGAUAAA